AUGGGAAAGGGUGCAGCUGUCGCCCUAAGAUACCUACAGCAAGUUCUUUCUUCCAACAGUGAUCCGUUAAUACUGCGUAAGUACCUUUUGUCCUUUUCACUCAUGGUUAUAUGAUUUCAGAGUCUUCCAGUGCCCUUUUGGCGGAAAUUUCUUCAAGCGUGGACUCGAACUAUCUUGUCAAAGUUGUCGAUUCUUUCUCAAAAUACAAUUUUUUUUUUGAAAAUUCAGGAAAAAAUCGUGAAAGUUUUGCAAUUGGUGGACCAAAAAUGUUUUCAAAAACGUCAUAUAAAUGUCGCCGACAUUAAGAUAGCUUUGGAUCAACUUCAAGAGGUUUUGUACUUAGAGUUUUCAAAAAAUGAUUUGUCAAAGUGUAUGAGAAAGCGAUAAGAAACGUUUCUUUAAAAAAAAAGAAAUAUAUUCUAGAGCUAUUUAUUUUUUAAACCAUCGCAAACUUCUUCAGAAAACAAUAUAUGAAGUGUUGUUUUCAAAAGUGAGAUUUGAGGCCCUUUCACAAGUUCCGGAAAAAUCUGACGCUGACACUCAACAAAAGCCCGACAAUGCAGAAAAAUACAGUGUCACGAUUUCUGGGAAUGAAGUCGAAGUGUCGGACAAUGCACAAAAUGAGGAGGAGGAAAACCUGGACAAACUGCUGAGCACUCUGAACUUGAGGUUAGAGAAUUUCAAAGAAUUUUCUUCCCUUAUGCAACUAUUUUAGGCAAGUACCAGCUUUCUCGCCAACUUUUCCGGAAUUCGAAAAUGAAUCGGAUGACGAUGUGGGCAUUACGAAAGAAGAAAAAGAAGAACAACGUGCAGAGAAACAUGGACAAAAAGUGGGCUCGAUCUUGUUAAGCUUUCGAUUUUUCAAAUUAUGAGUUCAAAUUUUUAGGUAAGCGUAUUACAAUCCUUUCUCUGUCAAAACUUGGUUGAAAUCAAAAGUUGCAGCUUUGCGAAGAAGAAGUCCAAAAACUACCAGAUGGUAGAGAAGUACGAACGAAGAAAACCAAGACGGUCAAUGUUCAGCAAACUUCCAAACAUGUGAGGUUUUUCGCUUGAAGUUCAUUCAUUCGGAAUUUCAAGAUGCAAAUCAUGCCUGUUUUUUUGAAUUUUCUUCUCUCAACUUCUCUCAAAAAAAAUACCGAAAGUUUUGAGCUGGUUCAUAUUUUUCUGUCCGUAUUUCAAGAAGUUGGCGGAAAACUUUGGUAAUUAGACUUAAAUCUAAUUUCCGGGUUUUAGAUAACAAUAUCCACGCGGGGCGGUGGCUGUCCAGCCGUAUCGAGAAGGUUUACGACGGGCGACCGUAAGGUGGACGAGGACAACGAUGAAGAACACACCGACUACUUCAGUUUGCACAGAUUCCAAAGGCCAGAUCCUUUUGAGAGGUUUCUUCAUUUUUCUAUUUAUCCUCAUGAAUUCUCACCGUUCAAAUUCAACCGCAUGCGUUUGUGGGAAUCAAGGAACAACUAAAAUUUUGCUCACAAAAACUUACUGUGAGGCUAUUCGAAUUGAUGAUGGUUCAUUGCGUUAUUUUAUCCGAAGAAACGAUGGUCGUUUUAUUGAUAAAACUCUAAAAAAUGGAACAAUUAGCUUCUGUCAAAGUGCUCAGUUUCUAAGUCAAAAAAGGAACAUUUUUUGGCUCAGAUAAAAUCAAAAGUUGAAAUUAAUGAGAUCUUCACUCUAAAAGUUAUUUCUUUUUUUUCGUGAGACCUGGAAAUCACAACGAGAACCUUAAAACAAUAUUCUUGUUAUAGAACUUUUUUCAGAUUUCGAUUGAAAUCUAAAGAAGACGAUGAAAGUUGCAUGGACGUUGCAGUACCCGGUGAUUUUGUAAAAAGAAAACUUUACAAAAAUAUUUACAGGUGAAUCAAUGAAAACCAAAUCAAUUGAAAGGACAAGCGAAAUAUCUCAAUUUGUUUCUCAAAAAAAGGAGAAAAAUGGGCGAUCUGUCGGUGAGAACGCUGCUUCAAAAGUGGACACUUCGAAGCUAUUAGCCAGGCAAACCGAAAGUUUUCGGGUAAUAUUUUUUGUUUAAUCAAACAUUCAGAACUUUAAAAAAACGCUUUAGUUCAAAAACCACAAUUUUCAUGUUCAUUUUCAGGAUAAAACUUUGGUUGACCGAAAAGGAGAAGGAACUUACGAAGAAAGCAGCAUAGUCAAGCGGGGAACUCCCGAAGUGGGCGACAGUACGGAUGCUCCUCGGAAACAUGUUGUUGAAUACAUUCAGGUGAAAAAAAGAACUCAGAAAGUCAACUUUAAAAAAAGUUGGAUUGGCUUUACCUAGGGAUCGCAAAGCCACGCCCCUUUUCGCGAUAGAAAAAGUGGCUUUUUUUUGGUUUUCAAGUUUCAUUUUGUUUUAGUUGCAAAAUAUGUAGAACUGGCUCAUAAAAUUUGACACACAUGUACAGAAAAGCUUCCUCUUUCGUUUAAAAAAACAUUUCACGCUUUUUUGAUGCGUUCUCGCGGAAUGUCGUACAAAAAAACGUGAAUGGAACUAAAAAAAUUUUGUAAUUUUUUUGCUUUUUUUCAUGUGUUUUUCAGGUCGAACGCACUCUUUCUUUUUUUAAUAAUGAUUUUUGAUUCAAGUAACGGUAAUUUUAAAACAAUAAAAUAAAAAAUUCGUCUUUGCCAAAAAUUGUAGGGAGUGCCGAAAGUCAUAAUUCAAAAAAUCGUUAAUAAGCGAAUAUAAUCGAGUUUUUGUUUUGUCAAAAUUUAGACCAUGGGCUUACUUAAAUUUUUCUCCACAGCAUAUGUGCUUGAAAAAGUUUUUAAUACGCAAAAAUGCUCUUGAAACUAGAGAAUAAAAUUAGCGGCGUUUAUCAUACAGAAAGCGGUCGAACGCAAGUUUUUUGCACGGUUGUAUACAUUUGUUAGUAAAAAAUCUUUCAAUUAAAAAAAUAAAAUGAAAAUUUCGUCUUUGCCAAAAAUUUUAGGGGUCGUUUAAAUGCAGCGAUCGUUUAACGAGGCAAAAGGCACUAAAAAAAACAGUUUUUUCGCAGUGAAUUUUCACGGAAAGUUUGAGUAAAGAUUUGCGAACACAUUCUGAUAAAAAUAGCUAAAUUACUUCAAACUUUUCUUUUUUGAAAUAGGCAAUCUGUGCUAUUCAAACGGCUCAAGGAUAUGGCGGAUGGAAGCUCCCCUCGCUAGACCUAACAGCUUCGCGCAGCGCGUGCGCUGCGAUUUUUCAUUUUGAGGUCGCGAGUUCGAUGCCCGCAAGCGUCAGUUUUUUGUUUUCUGGAAAAUACCGACUUUUUCGGCAAACCAGCAAAUUUUCAUCAUUUUAGAGCUCUAUUAUGAUUUCUUACAUCAUAAUAGACCAGUAUCAAAACUUGUUCUAGAAGAAAAAUCGAGAAAAAAAUGUCAAAAAAAUGGAUAAUACCAAAAUUUCAGUACUAAAAAUGGUGCGCGGCGCGCCACAUUUUUUUCGUCAUAACUUUUUCAUCCUCAAUCUUUUUUUCGAAAAAAACUAAACGGUUUUGAGUUUUGAAUCGAAAACAGUUAUCAAAACCAUACAAAGGUCAAUGCUGAAAAAAAUUUUUUUUUGAAAAAUCUGUCUGCGGUCCCCAGCUUUACCGCAAUUACUUCUUUACGGAAAAAAAGGUUUAAAUUUUUCAGAAUUUUUCAAAAAUUACAAUAAGUUCUCUAAAACAUUUUUUUCAAAGAUCUCUUUUUUUAACUUUUUGAGAUUUUUUUCAAGGCCAUUGAUUUACGGUUUCUAAAAAAACUUUUCCUUCCGUUUGCAAUAUCGAAAAAAAUUUUUAAGAAAUUACUAACAGAAUCCACCUCGUAGAUGAAAUGUUCGAUCAUCUUUUUCAAUUUCAGACAUUUGGAGGAGCUGACGACAGCCCAGAACUGGAAUAUUUGAGAGGAUCGACCAUUUCCUCGUACAUAACUCUGAACGAUAGUUUGAGGUGAAACUUUUUCAAAUUCAGAUUUCUCAAUCACGAAAUUCUUAUUGCGGUUUUUUUUGUUUCAUAGAGAAAUACUUCUAUUAGGAAUUUAGUCCAAUCUCUGGAACUUUUUUUGAUGUGAAAUUUUAGAUCAGAAAAUUUCAGAACUAUCGCAGGAUAAAGAAAUUUUCCAUGUCAGACACGUGAAACUUGGUUUUUCAGAUUUCAUGAAGAGCAAUUCUGCAAAAAGCUUCAAUUUGAAUUUUCCACUUCUGGUUAGUUUUCUUUCUUCGAUCCCGUUUCAACAAAAAAAUCAAGAAAAAAAACUUUGUUAAAAUGUACUUUGAUGGGAGAAAACGACAAAAAUUACAAAAAUUCUCGGCAGUUUUAUCAAACUGACGAUUCAUAUCAGCGCGCGCGAUAAAUUGACAGAAAACAUCUUUUUCCGAUGUUUUCGAAGGCUGGUCUGAACGUAGCCCAAUAACUCGUUUCCCAUCGCUGCGCUUCUUAACCGAAUUGCGCUUUUGGGCAUUCAUUUUUUCUUGCUAUUUAUGUUUCUUUGCCCAGUUUUUGAUGAUCUAGAAAUUGAACUAUGGAAGAAAAAAUUCCAUAUGAUAUUCCAAACAGUUUUUCACUCGCUGGCUGUCCACAAGAGGUGCCAUCUCAUUGGUAUUUGAACCUUGUACCAGGUGAGAGGGCUUCCGAAAAGAACCGCUCUAAAAAUAUAAGAAUUGGCUUAGUUCGCGUUUUAUCCUAGUAAAAUCCAGUUGAGUAAUAUUUUAACUUCUUUGACUUUUUUUCUGAAUGAGAUUUUUUAAUUUCAGAAGAAUUGAAUUCAAACGAACCAGCUCACUUCGUAAAAAUUUUUUUCUCAUACACAUCUUUUUGUAACAAAUUUUGACAAUUACAUACUUUUGCUUUAUCUUCUUUUGUAUUUUCGAGCUUUUCUCUUGCAUUCCUGACUCUACCGAUUAUAGAAGAGAAGACGCAGACAGGUUAGACAGUUUGAAGCCAUAUUCAAUGGGGUCGACGAAUUUUCAUAUUCUUGAUUGGUACAAUAAGAUUAAGCAAAAAACUGUUCACUCGUUGAAAAAAAUUCUCCAAACGUUUUGAGUAUACUUUGAAGUUAUUUGUUUAUACAGGUGCGUCGACUUCUUUUGCCGACUUCGGUAAUUUAAUCGAACUCCUCGAAGUAAACGACCUCGGUCCUUUGAAACUUCCCAUCAAGUGGGCCGCCGAACAGCCAGACAAGGUCUUCUUUUUUUUUCUUGACACUAUUUCAAGCUAAACUCGUUUUCUAAUUUGAGUUCCAGGCAGAACCGAAGGCAAUCGACUGGCAGGCAAGAGCUGCUAUAACGUAUCAUAACGAUCUUAUUUGCAACCUGAGCGUCAUAGACUAUCUAGUCUACAGGGAGAGAAAUGGAAAUGCUAGUGAAGUAAGUAAAAAUGAACCUUUUUUCUGAGUAUGCCCUUCCACGUAACUAUUUUCUUCAGGUUCGCGGAGGACCUCGCGACGCUCUUAUUGUUUUCGCAACACAAGGGAAUCGGGCAUCUUUAAUUUAUCAAGAAGCUUUUCUUGUCACUUAUCGAACUUUUAUUUCAUCUCUUGAUCUUAUCAAUAAGCUUGUAAAAAGGUGAGAUUUUACGCGUCCUACUUUUGACUGAUACGGCUUUAUAAUGAUCGUGAUCUAUAAAGACGUAAAAAGACAAUAAAACGAAGUGUCCCACCGAGUGGCUGAAGAACGCGAGCUUUUUGAAAAGCGCUAUCAAAAAUAGGCGGAUUUUCACAACCAAAAAUAUGUUGAUUUUUUGAUAAUCCAAACAGUCUGAAUAAAAAAAUUGCACUGUCAUGAAAAAAAUGCUGACAUGAACCGAACUAAAACCUAUUAUUGAUAAAUAGAUUUUUGAAAGCUGAUUUUUCUCGAAAAAAAUUUCGUUCAGCCGGAGUUAGCCGCAAUAUGUAGAACAGUAGUUACUCCGUUUUCUAAUUCACUAUUUACUGCGUUUGUCUCGGUUCAAAGAAUUACCCCAUGCUAGCUUGAGAAAAAAAGAAGUACUCACAUAUAAAAGCAAAUACUCUGUUUUUUUCGCAAAUUUUUUUUGUCUUCAGAACUUCAUUAGAUGUUUUUAACCAGCGGUAAUGAGACUAUAGCAACUUUUAUAGCGGCAAAGUAGGUUAGGCUCAGGCUUAGUUUCCCAGUCUCCUACGAGGGGUGUCUGUGCGGCGAACAUCGAGUUGUGAAUUGAGGCUUUCAUGGUAGAUAGACCGAGGGGAGAGUGCUUCAAAACAAAAAAGAAAAUUUGCUAAACGCUAUUGGGUACCGAGAAAAAAGAGUUUUGGCGGCGCGUAUAUGCCCUUUCAGCAACUAGAAGCGUGGGGAAGUGGCAGUGCUCUUGAAUGACGCUGACGCUAUGCUAGGUUCGGUUCCUUUUGACGUUUAACUUUUUCUUCACGUGUUCAUUUCAUUUUUCUACACUCUCUUAUCAAAAUGGCGCUUAGCAGAUUUUCUUUUUCGUUUCGGAGCAUCCCCCCCCCCGGUCUAUCUACCAUUAAAACCUCAAUUCACAACAAUGUUCAUUGCGCACACACCCCUUGUUAGGAGUCCACUUUUUUCAAAAAAUGUUUAUGAAAACAUUCAGUAACUAUAUAAUCACAGAUACACGUGACCUUUUCCAGAAACAUUCUAUAACUGCAAUGCCACGCAAAUGUGACUUUUUUGAGGUUUUUGUACAUGAGUAUGGCUCGAGACAGCAACUCGCAGACGUCAGCGCGUAAUACGUUUUCUGUACUGGUGCGAGUCGUCGACGAACUCACCGUAUUUGACCUCGACGAGGAUCUAAUCUUGUCUGUGACGUCGUUUGUCUACCGGCUGAUCCAUGACGGAAAUUUGACUUUUGCUCGAAUUCUAAGGUUUUCUUUUAACCAUUGUUUCAACUUAACACGCUGUCUCCGUAAUUCUCAAAAAGAGUGGGUACAAUAAAAAAAUAUUUUUUGAUUUCGAUGAAACUUCACCCACUGUAAUAGUCUGUCAUCAGGAAUGCCGACGCAAGUUUUCAGACCGAUUCCUCCUACCGUAGCUAGGUUACGGUAGGCAGGUGCGUCUUUUCGUAUGUAAGAAUCUACGCGUUCUUUCUAGGCGUAUUGUAUAUCAAUCGAUAGGGAUUGCAAUUUUAGGAUUUUUUUCAGUACAUACCAUCAUGGGUUACUGUAGAAAUUUUUUGAGUUACGGUAAUAUUUGUGUCUGCGAUUUUGGUUUUUCCGUCACUCUGUGUGUUAGGGGAGAGACCACGGCUGGUAACUUUCCUGAAACAUUCUUCUCAGCAAUACCUACGGAGAGAUACCACUUUGAAAUGGAUCUGUCCUACCGGUCAUUUCGAAAAAUCGCUUCGAAAAGGCUCAACUUGGCAUUUCUCGGGGAAAAUCGCCCGCGGUUAGAGAUUUCUACCUCUCUUUUCUCGUCAGAUCCGGUGCUAAAGUUUGUUCCAUUUGUUAGUGCAGUGUUGUACUUCAUAGAUGAUAAUGUUCCCUCCGACUUUCAGCCUACCCUUCUAACAUAAAAUUCAGUUUGAAGCCGAUUUUGGCCUCAAAACAGCGAUUCUCAGAUUUCAACGUUUUUUCCUAAGCUCAGUCCUACUGAGGCUGGGCUCCAAAGUAUUUUUCAUUACUUUUACAUGUUCCAUGAGCUAUUUGAUCAAGAAAAAACGGUGUUUGAGCCUACCCGUCUAGCUCAAAAUUCAGUUUAAAGCCGAUUUUGGCCUCAAAACAGCGAUUCUCAGAUUUCAACGUUUUUUUCUGAGCUCAGUCCUACUGAGGCUGGGCUCCAAAGUGUCUUUUAUUACUCUUACAUGUUACAUGAUUUUUUUGAUCUAGAAAAAACUGUGUUUGAGCCUACCCGUCUAGCUCUUAAUUCAACUUGAAGCCGAGUCUGGCCUAGAAACAGUGGUUUUCGAUAUUAUAUCACUCUUCUGGAGAAAUUAUUGAUAGAUAAAAUCUGUCUCUUAAAAUUUGAAUUUUGCUUUAGAUUGAAAUAAUCCAAAUUGAACCUGUUUUUUUCGAGCGAUUUAUGACUUUGAAGAUUUUGACGAGAAAAUAAAUAUUUUCAUGAACGUUUCUGCUCUCGAAACAUAUCAUUCACAAAAUUUGGAAUACGUUCUAGUAUCAAGGCGCUGAGAAACUCUUUUGUGAAUUCGUUCAUCAGGGAUUCAAGCAAAAAUAGGCCAAACAUUGUCUUCAAACUGAAUUUUGAGCUAGACGGGUAGGCUCAAACACCGUUUUUUCUUGAUCAAAUAGCUCAUGGAACAUGUAAAAGUAAUGAAAAAUACUUUGGAGCCCAGCCUCAGUAGGACUGAGCUUAGGAAAAAACGUUGAAAUCUGAGAAUCGCUGUUUUGAGGCCAAAAUCGGCUUCAAACUGAAUUUUAUGUUAGAAGGGUAGGCUGAAAGUCGGAGGGAACAUUAUCAUCUAUGAAGUACAACACUGCACUAACAAAUGGAACAAACUUUAGCACCGGAUCUGACGAGAAAAGAGAGGUAGAAAUCUCUAACCGCGGGCGAUUUUCCCCGAGAAAUGCCAAGUUGAGCCUUUUCGAAGCGAUUUUUCGAAAUGACCGGUAGGACAGAUCCAUUUCAAAGUGGUAUCUCUCCGUAGGUAUUGCUGAGAAGAAUGUUUCAGGAAAGUUACCAGCCGUGGUCUCUCCCCUAACACACAGAGUGACGGAAAAACCAAAAUCGCAGACACAAAUAUUACCGUAACUCAAAAAAUUUCUACAGUAACCCAUGAUGGUAUGUACUGAAAAAGUUCCUAAAAUUGCAAUCCCUAUCGAUUGAUAUACAAUACGCCUAGAAAGAGCGCGUAGAUUCUUACAUACGAAAAGACGCACCUGCCUACCGUAACCUAGCUACGGUAGGAGGAAUCGGUCUGAAAACUUGCGUCGGCAUUUCUGAUGACAGACUAUUACAGUGGGUGAAGUUUCAUCGAAAUCAAAAAAUACUUUUUCUAUUGUACCCACUCUUUUUGAAAACUUUUGAAAAUUACAGAGACAGCGUGUUAAACAGUUAGCUAUUCCUUGAUUUUCGGUCAUAAAAUAAGUAAUUUCAAAAACGCAUCUUUCAAAUUUUCGAAGAACCGAAAUGAUUAUUGUCUGCAUUCAGAGUGGAGCAUUCAAGAACUUUUUCCGAUUGAAAUAAUGAUGAAAGUUCCCUGAGCAAAGGAGAUAAUGUUUUUUUAAACUUUUGAAUAAAUUUAUUCAAUCAAUCGGAUGUCCAAAAAAAUAUUGUUAAAAAGCUGUACAAGCGAAAGUCUAAUCUACUGAAACCUUCUCGUAAUUUUAUGAUCAUUUAUAAAAGCACUCAACUGUUUUCUGCAGACAGCGAUUACUGGACCGCAUAGCCGAACCUUUCAACUUAAGCAGUUUCUUCGAAACGAAGCUUUCAGUUCCACGGAGGUAAAACGCCUAAAACAAUAAUAAUUUGUCUGAGAUAAAGUUUAUCGGAUCUUUCUUCAAGUUUUCAAGUUUCAAUUUGUUUAAUAUCUCAUAACUUUCUGUAACUGAGGAAUUUUUUUGUCUUUUAAGGCCUCACACGAUUCUUGACUUCCGAUCUUCUCAAUUGGCUUCUCAACUCACUUUUAUUGAUGCCAGUUUGUUCCACCGGAUAGAGGCAAUAUCUAGACAGGAGUUUUUUUUCAUUCAUCUUUGAAAUUACAGCCCGCUGAGCUGUUGUGGUGGGCCCAAGAACAGAGCGAAGUAAAAAGUCCAAACCUCGUUCUUUUUACGGAACACUUCAAUAAUGUCUGUUUUUUUUUGUAAUCGAAAAUGCUUAAGUUUUUAGGUAUCUUUCUGGGUAAGAACGCAGGUCCUUAUGCAAAAUACGCAGAAGGAGAGAGAACGUUAUUUCAUGAAAUUCAAUAAAGUCAUGAGGGUUCGUUCUAGCGUGAUUUCUAGUCUGAAUUCAUAACUUGAUUAAGCAUUUACGCAAAAUGAGCAACUUCAACUCGUAUUUGGCUGUGUUGAGUGCACUUGCUUCUAGUCCUCUGGCUAGGUUGGAAUGGAAUAAAACUGUCUCAGAUAGCUUGAAGGUUUGUUUCAUGAAAAAUAUCUCAUGAACAUUAUUCACGGCCAAUUUGAUGCAAUUAUUUAUAUAACUCCUUCGAUGCCCGAUAAAACUUCCUGCAAAAAAAUUCCAGCUUAUUGCUGAAGGAGCAAAAAAAUAUUAGAAAAAUCAACUGUAACCUAGUUGCGAUAUUUUCCAGGGAACCCUCAAUAAAAGCCGAAAAAUAAUUUUUCCAGGAGCACAUCUCUGUUAUGGACACAUCGCAGUCUUACAAAAACUAUCGAACGCUUCUUCAGAGCGCUCCGCCACCUUGUGUUCCAUAUGUGUGAGUUCAUUUUUCUAUCUUGAAGCCUCCAUUUCCCAUUUUUCAGCGGAGUUGUUUUGCAAGAUUUAACGUUCGUUCAUGCUGGCAACCCCGACAAGCUUCAAGCAAAACUUGUGGAAGGCAAAACGGAUCUUUUGAACUUUUUGAAAAGAUGGCAUCAAUAUGCAAUACUUGACAGCAUAAGAAAACUCAAAAAAUGGUUUGUGUUUGCUUUUGUUAUCUUCACCGUUAAAGAAUUUUUUUUCCAGGAACUACGACAUCAAAAGGGACGAAAAAGUUCUUUUAUUUUUCGACCAAUUUCAAAAUCAGCUGAACGAGGAGGAAACCUGGGCACGAUCCCACCAGAUAAAAGCACCUCAAAGGAAGAAAUGA